AUGGAAGGUUACCUGGAUUUUAAAGAGUCUUCAAAGGUGAGAGGCCGAUGCAAGAACUAAAUUCACACCUUCUACACAGAUUUGUAAUUAUGUAAACCUGUGAAAAGUAUCGGAGAGGCAAGCACUGAAUUAUAAAUUGCUUUCUAUUUUUGAUACUUGACUGUUUCUCAGAUCUGAACGCAAAACAGCUCGUUACUUUGUUGCAUACAAGAGUCAGUAAACAGUUAAUAUUUUAGUUAGUGAACUCCGAUACUGCGCGGGCAUUUAAACAAGUGUGUUUGAUUUGAAGAGCAGCCAAUGAUUACAACGCAAGUUUCAACUUAUUAUUGUAGCCGGUUUAUAAAUAGAGUCAUUUGCUUCGAUGUUAACGAGAGUUGGUAAAGGCUUGUAGUAUUUUUUCCAUAAGGUCUUUGCGAAUUUCAUUUAAACUGACAUGUUAUUUUAUGAGGACAAGACAGGAAAUUCUCGCCAGCUUGAAUCGAACAACACUUCAGGAAACACGCCAGUCAUUUGGCGCUGUAACGUAUCCGACAGCGCUCCUUCUUGUGAAAUAAACCCGCGAUAACUUUUUGCCAGAACCUCGGAACUAUUGGCUUUAUUUUAUUUUUACUAUUUUACCACAAACACGUUUCAGUUCGAAGUGCACGAUAUACCUCGUUCCGACGACGGAGAAGUGAAUCUGAUCGUUUGAGGUCGCAGCUUUGGCAUAUUUUAGGGUAUCUAGCUAAUACCGCAAAGCUGAGCUCCAUGUGUCAGGUUGUUUCAGGUGCUAAGCCGUGCCAAAUGACGUGACUAUCUAUUAAGAUUUAUAAAUAUAUAUUUUUUCCAAAAAUCAUGUUUCUUUUCAGGAACUUCAGCUGAUGAUACGAAAAAGAGUACAUAUACCUGACUAUUUGAAUUUCAUUUUAUAUUGACCUCUCUGCACCCUCGAACAUUUAUUUUUGCGGUCACAGAUCGAUGUAUUAGAACUAUUUUGCAUAUGUAAUUUUAUAUGUUUGAUUGUCGGCUCAGAUGCGAAAAUAGGCGAACGUAGUUAUGGAUGCCUAGCUUUGAAAGGCAACUUAGGAACAAAGACAGAAUUUGGACUGAAAGAAGAAAAUGUGACAAAAGUUACGCCAUUUGUUCAGUGAACCAAAAAAUCCGAUGCAAAAAAGGGCGAACUCAAUUUAUUAUUACGUCAUUGGUCCUCACAUCCUCCCCCGCAAAUGUGACAUCGUAGACAGGGUUUUAGCGGAAGAAAAGAGCGAGCGACGCAAAUUAAGUUGUAGGUCAUCAGCACGAGUAUAUUUGUGCUGAGUAAAUAUCGUCGUAAACAUCAAAAUUUACGUGGGAAUCGUUCACUAAGUACAAAAGACUUAAGCGAGGUAAGAGAACGUGAUUUAUCAAUUUGCUGUGUUCAGAUUGUGCGGGCAUACCGACGUGAACUUCACUUCAAUUGUGGAUUACCGCGCGUCUUAGCUGGUAAUGAAUUUCGGUUAUGCAGAGAGUUUCUUCAUUGAAUGCAAUAUACCAAAUGCGUCAAAAUUCAUUUUUCCCGUUUUCGCAUGAGGUAAUCACAAAUAAGGUUAAUUCGUACCCUUGUAGGAUGCAUUAGAAGUGCGAUGAAUUUCGCGUGUUUCGUCGUCCAAAUAUCGUUCACGACCACUUCCUCUCAUUCGGAUGAAGGCAAUCUAUACAGCAACACGACUCGACUUCAGGUUUUAGGCGAAAUUUCUGGCGAGCAUUUGAUUUUUUAUUGGUCUUAAAUAAAAACCAUCGUUAUUGGUUGUCGAUAAAAGCUGCUCUUUUUUAUAUUUGGCACUGAGCGAGGUAGCGCGAUCAGCUGCAUCGCCGACCUUCCGUUGAUUUUUAGUGGAAGUUUAAUAUCAUUAGUUUUCUCUAAGUGUACCGCAUCGAAUUGCAAACCAUUAUCCUAAUGCUGAAGUAACCUUAGAAGCUACGGCUAAAUUAUCUUCCUUUUGGAACUAAAUUCCUUUAAAAUAAUGAUUUCAAUGCAAUUAGCAGGACAGUCAACAAAGAUAAGAAGGGGUGUGCGUUUGUCACGUUUGUGCACUUAACUUAUUACGCUUCGACGACAUUUGACUUCAGAAAGAUAAUUUGUGAGUAAUUCAACGAUUUGCUGUGUUUACAUUAAGAUAUCAAGCUAAUAAUAUCAAAAACCUAAAAUCGAGACAGCAAAGUUUAUUUAAAGUUUAUGAAAUUGAUGAUUACAAAACAAUUGAGCACACUUCGGUUCUUUGCACUGCAUUCAAAACAUUUUGUGAACUCUGCAUUUCAAGUACGUGUUUUUUUUUUUAAGACAAAAAGUGAUUACCUCCUAGAAAGAAGGCAGAAUCCGGCGAUCUAAAAUUUUCCAAUUUACCAUAUUCACUCAAAAUACUUUGAUCAAGGAAAAAUUUUAAAAUAAUAAGAAUUCUCAACUCAACAGAAGGCUAGAGGAAUGCUGUAAUUUACAUGCAAGAUAUAGGACAGAUAAUUGAGAUAGUUGCUGACCUAAGGAAGCUCCAUUCUGCUUCUCCCUUUUUGUUUUGUUUUGUUUUGUUUUGGGUCAUUUCAUUCCAUUUAACUUUUUUUAAGCUGGCUUCCACUAGGAACCAAAAUAAACGAGGAUAAUAUUCAGUCGCCAAGGCACUCCUCAGGCCGAGUAUAAGAUGCAAGAAUUAGAGCCUGAAGUCCUUUUCUCUAGACGUUCUGCUUUAAUAUUAAUAGCGUGCAUGAAUCUGAGCUUUUAAAGAAAAAACAGUAGACUGUCAGAAUCACAAGAUAACGCCAAGAAAUAAUACAAUGAAUCAGAUUUUCAUUUGAUCAGUCACAUUGAUCGUGUUGCUUUCAUUUAUUAAAAAAAUCAGGCAGGUUCCUGGAUUUGGCACCUGAUUAGAUCUCUUAAGCCAUAUUUUUAUACAUUGCAGCUAACUUAUAUUAGAGCCUACAGUUCAUUUUUGAAAUCAGCGCAACCUACAGAUUUGUAGAUAACUAACUAAUCUGUUUGGGUGAAUUAUUUCCAAGAACAAUGUCAAUCAGUUCAUUGCGAUGGUGUGUUUGUCAUUAUUUUCUUCAAAACAGUGUAUAAUAAAACAUUUAAUUAGAUUCGCUUUUUGUGAAUAAUAAUCAAGGCCUCGGUAAGUGUUGUCAGCCUUGGUAUUAGCCUCACCUGGAGAUGCUAGUGACACCCAUGGCUGAAAGAACGGAUGUUAUGUACAUAUUUGUUUCUCAAAAAUUAUUGCUUGCCUUCUAUGCCAACAGCACUGUUUAUUUAUCAGAUAGUGACUCAGCCACUGUCUUUAUAUUAGUAUAUAUUGUACUCACUCACUGUCUUCUCAUUGGCAAUCAGCUAACAGUUAAUUUUGGAAAUCAGUGUAACCUACAGAUUCGUUAGUUAUCUGCCGACAGAUAACUGACUAAUCUGUAGGUUGACGGUUUUUUUGUCCUUAUUUUCUUCAAAAAUUUGCAUAAUAAAACAAGAAUAAAUUUAUUAAGUUAUUAGAGUUGGUUUUUGUGACAUCCAGAAUAUUCAGGUAUUGAUAAGCGUCAGCCUGAGCUUACUUACUUCUUACCUUUAUUAUUCUGGAUAUCACAACAACCUCAACCAAUAACAAUUUGUUUAAUAUCUUUAUGAGACAGUUGCUACACUAGCAAGGUUUGGUUUACUCCUUUCAGACUUAAUAAACGUGUAGUGGCCAGAAUAAAAAUUUGAAACUUAUUCUUUGUGUAAAAUACUUACCUUACUUUUGCCAAAGCUGCUAAGGCCUUGAUCCUGUGUAAAGUACAGAAAAACAAUUAUAUUAUUUUAUUGUAAAUGCUGCAAUGCAAAAGUAUUCCUGUUCAAAAAGGUUUCAUCUCAGUGGUCAUAUCACAUAACAAGAUAAAUUAGUCCACAGAAUCAAAAGUUUCGCAUCACUUAUUUAAAUAAUUGACUGUGGAAAUAAAACAGUCAAUAGUUAAGGCCUAAGUUUGCAUUGUUAAUGGCUAAUGAUAGCAAUUGAUCAGCACAUAUUCAAACAAUGGACGAUAAGUAUAAAAGUACACACAGGUUUGUUCUGUUUUGUUACACACAUGAUGAACAUUAUAAUACCACCCUGCAGGACAUGUGGCCUAGCUCUCAUUAAUUACUAUCAUGAAUCUUGGUUGUUGGCUCUUAGCACCUCUUAUCAGAUCAGCUACAGCUUUUAUUUAAUUUGUGUCUAAUUACAGCUGUUUUGUUAUUGGAAACCUGUGAACUAUGCUCUGUUUCAUUUAUCUGUUAGAGAUAAGAGAAUCCCCUUUUGGCUAAGGUUUAUUUUUCACAGUAGAGACACAACUAAUGUUAAUUUCCAAUGAGCUGCAGUUUUGGACCCAACUGAGCAAAUUUUGUUACCGGUAUCUUCAAACACUUGCUUUCUGUUUUGGCUUUGAUGAGUGGCAGAUAUGGUGGCCCACAACUGUCAGGGCAAAACCAAAAACCUCAUGGCAAAAACAAAAUAGCUAAAUAGCUUUAGUUUUGCCAUGGGUAUUUGCUUUUGCCAUGAGGUAUUUGGUUUUUGCUGUAAAGUAUUUGGUUUAGCUGUGAGGUGUUUGGUUUUACCGUGAGGUUUUUGGUUUUGUCGUGAGGUAGUUUGUUUUUGCCAUGAGGUUUUUGGUUUUCAUGUGAGGUUUUUGGUUUUUGCCAUGACAGUUGUGGGCCACCAUAGGCAGAAGUAUGAGUCCUGCAUGAAUCAUCUGUAUGGUCACUUAUAGUCUACAGAAAUUUGUGUAAAACAAACCUUGCAGUGAGUUCCUUAUGCCCAAAUAUACAAUGCCCAAUUUCCAAUGACCAAUGAUAAUUGCGUGCCAAGGCAACCUUUUAAAAUUACGUAUAGUGUAUAAUUAACUUUAUUUUAUUAUUGUAAUCUUGAGAAUGUUGUAUAUCUCAUACACAUAUUUGAAAAAAAAAACAACUAAUGGAAAUGUAUGCUGCAACAUCUGCAGUUAAGGGCUCAUUUACGUAUUGUAGAAACAUCUUCAACCAAGCUUUACAGGCUGUACAUACAUGUAGGCAUUUCUCUUUUAAGUUGUCCAACUCCUGAUCUUAAAAGCUCAAGUCCAAAUUAUUAAGUGCUGUGAAGUUUGUUCUACUUAAUAAUUAAGUAACACAUAGCAGACCCAGUAGAUUAUCUUGUUUCUUAUCUUUUUGUCCGUUUUUAAAAGUCUGAAUAAUUUUUAAGUUAAAAACAAUUUUAACACCAAGAAUGUUAUGCAUCUCACCUUUGGUUUAUAUUUGCCUCAUGUGCAGUAAAGGCUUAUUACCAUGGUGUCUAUCCAUUGGCAAAGACUAAGUUUAAUCUCCUUUUGGCAUCUCUCUGUAUAAUUUGUUUAAUAAUCUUGUGUUUCAGCCAUUAUCUGACAACCUAGCGGUGGGCUGCAGUCCAGGCAUUGUAGUGAUGUAGAGAUUACUCUAAGACUAUUUUGACAAACCUAACCCUGAAUAUAUCUAUUUUUCUUUUUAGUGGGUGACUUAUUGGGUUGUGAUUCGUGGAUCUCGGCUGGUUUUCUUUGCCAAUGCGGACACUCAUAUUACAGAAAAUGUAAGACAGUAAUUAAACUGUAAUUAAAUUUUCUUGUAAUUUUUCUUGUACUUUGUUCAGCUAAUUCAUGACUUUUAACAUCUUCAUGAGGCCAAUUUUUAGCACACUGGAUCCUUCUUUGUGGCAAAUUUCAUUCUGGAUUUUUACCAUUUAUCGCAAAUGUCUAUAAAAAUUUGAUUAACUAUAUUGUAUCUAUGACUAUAAAUUUAACACAAAAUUAAUGAGGACAAACCAUUGCUUUUGUUUGACACCAACAUGUAUGUUAUGAUGACAAUGAGCACUUUUUCCUUGGGGGUGACAAAAAGCCACAACAAAGUUAAUGUUAAAUUACCUCUACAUGUACAAUGGCCACCUUUAGGGACAGAAGAAAGUGGAGGUUAUAAAGAGGUGGCUGUUGUAAAGAGGUUUUAAACAAAAGUCAAUGAAUGAAUUAUUUGUCUGCUAGGACAAACAAGUGGCCAUUAUAGAGAGGUAGUUGUUGCGCAGAGCUGGCUGUUAGUGGAGGUUCCACUGUAUCAAAUUUAAAAUUACAAUUUCUGCACAACACUCAUCUCCAGUGUAACACCUCUUUGCUUUGAAUGUGAAAACCAUUUUUUUCUCCUGUGAUACUGAAAAAUAAUAUUAAUAUAGACAUAACUUAAUUUCAAAAUGUUUAACAAAUAAUAUACCUCUGAUUUUACAUAAAUGGUUUUCCCUAUUUUUAGGUUAAAGGUCAUAUAGACCUCGGGCCAAAAUCCAGUGUUGUGGAUGGUAAACGCAAGGCAAAAGACAAGUUUGAGUUUGAAGUAAAGGCAGAACGUGGCAAGAAAUAUUUAUUUAGGGUAAGGCAUUCUUUAGAGAUUUUCAAAACCCCUCCAGCUUCCCCUACCUGCCUCACCUCUUCGCACUCUGUUAUGCAUAAGGCCUCCACAAUUCCCAACCUGCUAUCUUAAAAAAGAGUGUCUGGUUUCAGAAAUGAUAUUUUUUCUACGGAGAUGGAACAUUAUGUCACGGGACAACACCCAACCUGGAGGGCCAGGCAUUGCAAUAUUAUUCUUCUGUCAAAGCCUGCCCAGCACAGUUGAACCCACCAGCGACCAAGGUCCCAUUUGGUUUAGCUUCCAGUGUCAUCAAGGUGCACAAACCUCCCCAUCACAUUAAGGUGCAACACUUAGGGAGCUAAUCUUUCAAGGCAUGUAUAUUAGUUAUGGUAAGUUUGGGGAAACAGACUGACCAAAGAAUGGCUAGCCUGUUUUACUUGUAAUGCACUGGCCCCCUCGAUCAAGUCCUAUUCAAAAUUUGUUUCUUGAGAAUCCCAAGUUCAAUGUUAUCAAUAUGGUUUACCUCCCUGUAGUUAGAGUUUUGAAUAUAACAUACUAGAGGUAGUCACUGAUUAUGCAUCCGCGUUCGUCACUUAUGGAAACAAAAUCAAGUCAAAAGGAGUCCAGUUUCCUGGAGGUGAUCCCCUGAUGGAAUUAAUAGGGGCAGCUGAUUUGCAGUCGCCAGUGAUAGCUCAAAAAUUUCUGCCUUUGUGCCGCAGGAACACCAUAUAAUGAUGCGUUCUGACAAACGCGAUAAUUUGAGCCAGGAAUUUUUAAGUGGGUGUCCACGUACACCUUAACUCUAAUUUUUUUCCUAAAAAUCUGGGCAUCCACAGGACACCAGGCUACAUUACCCUGCCCUUGGCCUUUUUGCCAGUUUCAUCACAAUGGUUGUUAUAGAGCAUUUUCAUUCAUGUGGCCAGCAUCUAUUGGAACAAAAAAAAUAGCAUUUAUGUAAGAAGAGAGUUCAUCUCCCACAGGAUUUGUUUGGAACACUAACAUGGCCACCAUUUCAUUUUAUUGGAGCACCAAUAUGGCCUCUAUGACAUCAUGUGAAAAUGCUAAAUUUGCAAAAACUUUUCACUUAAGUGAAGCAAAAAAUAUCAUUUGAAAGAGUCACGGCAGAUGGCUCUAAAUACACUUUUUGAUAAUUUCUUGUGCUAAUUAUAAUGUCUUUGUUGCUUUGCAGACAAAUACGGACCGCACCCGUCUUCAGUGGGUACAUACACUUCAUCUUGCCGCUCAGGUAAUGAUUUUGUUUUUAAGUCUGUCAAGUUGUUUUGGAUGACUUGAAAUUAAACAUUAUGCUGACAGUAUUUAUCUGUAAUAGUAAAACUACCGGUAAUGCCCUAUUUGGAGAGCAAGGGAUGGUUCAGUACUCCGGUACUUGCCUCCCACCAAUGAGGCCUGGGUUCCAAUCCUGCCGUCAACAGCAUAUGUGGGUAGAGUUUGUGGUUGGUUUCUCUCCUUUGCUCUGAGGGGUACCCCAGGUGGUGUUUCCCUCCCCUCAAAAAGCAACAUUUCCAAAUUCCAAUUUGACCAGGAAUCAGGUAGACAAAGAACCACUGUGUAGAUACCUCUAAAUUAUUAUUUACAUUGUAUUUAUUUAUUUAUUUAUUUUAUUUAUCAUUUGUCUCAGAGGCUUGCCAUCCAAAAAUUAAGGCUGUGCUCUGCGAAAAAUUGAAGGGAACCCAGGGCUCUGAACCUCUGAAUUCCAGGUUGCCCAGUGUAGUACUUCUAUUAGAAAGCUGAGAUAUCAUAGUUCCCACCCAAUAGCAAAAUUAAGGUGCCAGGGGUCACCCGGCACUGCUACACCUGUAGAUCGAGAGCCCAACCUUGAAAAUUACAUUCAUUGUAUACAUUCACUGGGUAAGGAUUUACAAGUAAUCAACUGGAGCUUAAAGAUUUUUCUUCCUGAUAUUAAGCAAUUAUUGAAUUCGGUUUUUGAUCAUCUGAAGAAUUAUGGAGUUCUUGAAGGGUGUCAUCCGCCUCGGCAUCUUUAUGGCCUCGGCAGAUAACACCCUCCAAGAUCUUCAUAAUACUUUAGAUGCUACGAAAACGGAAUCCAAUAAUUGUUUUAUUUUUUGUUCAAAAUAAUUCCUAGUUUAAAAUCAAACUAAAACAUGCUUACCUCCAUCGAUGUUAAGUUCAUUUUUGAUAGUACAUGUUUAUCAGCAAGUUUAGGAGAUGAAGGGUUGUUUAGUUCUGCAAGUAUUCUUCUAAUAGCAGAUGUUGUCCAUUGAGUUGUCUUCUUGCUUUUCUUGCUAUAUUUAACUUUUUCGCCAAUCGUUCGCCUAUUUCUUACUUGUGAAAGGAGUAUUAUAAAAUGUUCUGCCAUUUUGUAUCUUGGUUAACAUUUAUUUAUUUACUGUUCAAUAAUCUGGCAAUUUUGCUGCACGAUUGACUUCAUCAGUUCACAUAUUGCAAAAUUCUUCCAAAUUUGGCCCAACAGUAACUGGUUAUGAUGAAUAGUAUGUUUUGGAUUUUAGCGAAUCAGAAAUGGAGAAAUAGUUUGAAUGAAUAAUAAGUGAUAUUAUCCCAAACUUGACCUGUGUGGAGAGGCAGAAAGUGAGUUACAUGUAUUCCGUAUAAACAGCAGAAGAAUGUCUUGCAUACAUAUGGUAGUUGUCAGGUUAACUAGUUGUCAUCAAUUCCCUGGUUGCUAUGGGUUGCCUUUUUUUCAAUAAGUGUAUUGUUUUGAUUGCAGGGAAAACCCCCUCCACCAUUGAUUGUCAGUAGUCUAGACAGUGGUGAAUCAAAGACCUCACCUACAUCAAGAAGUCCAACCGAGAACCAGUACACUGAAGGUUAGCUUUUCUUCUGUUUCUUUUUCCAGACGUAUAUGAGCAGGAAUUUGGUUUAUUUAUUAAUGUAAAUUUUACUGUUAUGUCUAAAUUCCUUGCCUUCAGUAAUUAAAUCUAGUUGUAAUAUUCUCUUGGAAUUCUUCCUUAAAAUUAUCAAAUUUCCAAGUUUCCAAGUGAGCAGAUAAAAUAUUAUGCAGAGCACAUGGCAGUUUAAGUGGUCUCACACUAUAUUUCCUUGCAUGCUUGGUUAAAAAGGCUGUAAUCAAUGUUAGCAUUGACAGAUCUAGGAGAGUUGCUCAAUCCCACCCCUCCCCCUUAAGGAGAUCCACAGAGAAGGGGAAAAAUGAAAGAAAAUAGGGAGAAAACCUGCCCCUUAACACAUUAAGACUUGGCUGAGUACUUAGACAUUAUAUUAAUGGUCACCUUUAUUUUGCAGUUCCCGAGUUUAACAUACCUGUAGUUGGUGUGACAGAGGAGGAAAUGGCAAAGUCACUUUUGAAGAAACACAAUUCAUUUAGCAGCCAUUGUAAAAAGCUCUUGGGUCGCAAGAAAUCUGAUGGCUUGAGUAAGAGCUUUAAUGCUGCGGUAAGAGAGAUUCUGUGCUAGCAGGUUUUCAAACAAAUGGGGGAGUGUUUCCUUUGCUGUCCAGACACUGAAAGUGUGCUUAUCCUUUACAGUCAACUCUCGCCUUACAAACACCCUGCUAUAACAGACACCCAAUACAUAAUACUAACAGCAGCUAAAUCCCAGGCAAAAAAUUUGCAACCACUUGACUGAAAUAUAAACUUCCGCUAAUAUGAACUCUCACCAAUCGGGUCCCGUCAGUGUCCGUUAUAAAGAGACUUGACCCUCCGGUCAAAAUUUAUAUCUCAUUUGUUGCCCAAACCCAUUGCGUAUAGUGUCCGUUGUAAAGAGAGUUGACUGUAACCCUCCGGUCAUAAUUUAAAUUCUCAUUUGUUGCCCAAAUCCAUUGCCUAUACAAGUAGUAGGGAGAUGGUGAUAAAAAAUCAAGCAAAUUUAUCUUGUGUGAUUAUCUCCUUAAUUCUCAUGAGUACUCCGCUGUACACAGCAUUGAUAUCACAAAGAAGAAUUUGAUGCUUAUCACUCUUAGGGCUUAAAGGGUUAAAGGAGUGUAACUAAGAAAUAUCAAAGGUCCCACUUCACCCUUGUGAAGCAGGGAAAGUGUCCACAACCGGUCAUGGCAGGCUCACUGGAAUGACACUUGUAUGCAGCUACUAAAGGGAUAAAGAAUAUUUUGAUGAUAAACACUGCUUAUACAGGAACAGAAAAUACCACACCACUGUACAGCACACUAAGCUGUGACCAUUUUGGCUGCCAACAAAUUUUUUGCCUCAAAAAUUGCAGUGAAAGCCAGCAAUUUGGUGACUUCUGUUUGGCAGUCUUGUGCAACUGACAGUGGUGUAGUGAAAUAUACCUUUGCAUUGCAACACAUAAUUCAUGCUCUGUUUUCUUUACGCGUAGUUUGCCAAUCUUACUCCAUCUGUCUGGGUAUGAAGCUCUAAGAUGUGGUGGCCACAUUGCUUGUGUCAAACCCUUACUUAAUCUGCUACAUAGCUGUUCUUUUUGGUGUCACAAAACACUCCUGCAUGAUGACAUAAAGAACGGCUGUGUAGCAGACUAACCCUUAGUAUAAUCUCAUUACGUCCUUUCUUAUUCUAAUGACUAAUGUCUAAUAACUGACGACCAUUUCACUAUUAUACAUUGAUAUUAACCUUAUGUUGAGGUGUUUGACAUAAGCUGGAACACUCUUUCUAGUAUUUGGAGUUAUAGCUUGAAUUCUCAAAUUAAUAAUAUUUAACAAUAAUAAUAUAUUAGUAUAAUCCAUUUAUUUAAUUAGCUACCAUGCAUGUAAUCCCUAGUAAACCAUUAAUUUUAUAACUUUUGUUGUCAGGAUUUGAGUCGCGAACCUGUAACAGAAGGUGCAGAAGCAGCCAAAGAAGAAGCUUUUUAUGACAUUGUUCCAGGCAACAAACCUCCGUAAGUUGAUGUAGCUGUUAAAGGACAAAAUUAAAUUCAGGUUAAAAUUUUUUUAACCAAGGUUGAUUUUCUAUUGAAGAACUGAAUAACUGGGGCUAGGAGACUAAGGAAAUUGAGAAUUAACCUAGGUUAAAAGUUUUUAACCUGAAUAUAAUUUUGACCUGUAACAUAGCUAUGACUGUAGCAGUAAUUUUAGUAGACUUAAAAGUCUACUCCACAUUCUUGUGUACAUUAUCCAUUUCACUAUGUACAAUGUAUUUAAUUUGAAUGUACAUUGUAUCUCUCCCAAAGAUUUUUUUGUGCUACAAUUAAAUGUAUUUUAGAAUUAUUAUCAUUGUAUCAUACCAAAAAAACAAAGAAAAGUAAAAUUAAAACAAAGGAAAAAUUUGAACCAAACAAUACUUUUGUAUAUUGAUGCUAAAAUACUUUGAAAUUGUUUUUAUUAUGAAUCAGUUUGGCACCCAGUUCCUUUUUAUUGUUCAUCAAUACUAAUGAAUACUUGAUCCUCUGCAUCUAAUAAUUUCUAUACCUAGAACUUUCACUGAUAAAAAAUCCAAAAAUUAAUGCAGUCGUAGAAGUAAAGGUAUGGAAUCAUUGAGAUGCUAGCAUUGUAUGGAGAGCUUCCAAAAACAGUUUGAAAUCCAAGUGAUAGGUUAUAAGCUACACUGUAUUACUGGUAUUUACAAAAAAUGCCAGCUGUUAACUUUUGCACUUGCUGACUCUCUUUUUGCAGCUGGUACUUUGGAAAAAUUUCAAGAGUUGAAGCUGAGUCUAUUCUUGAGAGCUGCCAACCAGGAAGAUUCCUGGUGCGAGACAGUGAGACUGUAAAUAAACCUGGAGCUUAUACUCUCUCACUCAAGUAAGUGGCCAUUUUUUAAUUUGAUUUGCACAUGUAUGCUUUAAACUUAUCGUUUUCAGACCACCUAAUUUUUGCCAUACCAUAAACUGCCCCUUAUAAGCCCCCCCAAGUUAUAAACCCAUGCGUUUACCUGUAAACAAAAAAUACAUCCAAUUAUACCCCCCCCCCCUCUCCCGAUAUAAGCCCCCCUUCAGAUAUGUAUCGAAAUGAAUUUGAUUUAUUCUGACGUUUUAAAGCUCAAUAAUUAAAAGCCAUUAAAUGCAAGGCGUAUUCUGAUCUACACUGCUAUUGCUUGUUUCAAAGUGCUUUUUCUAUUUCGGUCAUAAGUGGGUAUAAGACCCCCUAAGAUUAGGGUUAGGAAACUGAGUUAAUCAACUUUCAGGUUAGCCUGCGAACGGCAGACAUUUCUCCUCGCUCAUUGCCACGGAGGGAUGUUUCGCGAGGAGGAACGUCUGCAACUCAGCGACAGAAAUUCCAUACUGAUGACGCAAAAUCUGUCCGGAAUCCAGUCAGAAGAGCUAAUUGGUCCACGGAGUAGUUCAUUGUGUUAGCUGUUGUUUACAAAUGACAGACAAAAGACAAAAGGUGGCAAAGGUCAAAUUUAAACGUGAUGAAUCUCUAACAAAACAGUCAAUAUUUGUGGAAUAUAGUCUUCUCUAGAAGAAGCAUUUGAGUUUUGCCGGGGCUCAUUCGCAGAUGAACACAACACUUUUCCAAAAUCGACCAGGAGAAACGUAAAAUUGAGCAAAUUUGCAUUUGGAACCCCAUGACUACCGGAUUUAUUAGAAGUAAACAUUGAUUUACGUCAUCAGUAUGGAAUUUCUGUCGCAGAGUUGCAGACGUUCCCUCUUCACAAAACGUCCCUCAGCAGUGAUGAGGGAGGAGAAACGUCUGCCACUCCCAGGCUACUUUCAGGUCAGUUUGCCCAGUAUAAUGACUUAAAUGGAACCUGAUUCACUCAGUUGCCUAACCCUAAUCAAUAAAAUUCAGAGUCAUUCGGUGGGUAGUCUUGGGGAGUCUGAAGGCCGGGUCUUUGUUUUCAAGACACCCGGUCAUAAGCCCCCUUAGAUGUAAGCCCCUCCAUUUAUAAACCCUCUUAAAACCCUUCUACAAAGUGGUUCAAGUCCAGGGCUUAGUAGUGGCAGUUUAUGGUAUUCAUCUGGGCCGAGUUGUUCAAAGCUGGGUCAAGAUAACCCAGGGUUAGUGCGAGAUUUGAAUUCAGAUUUGAAAGCUUUAAAAGCAUUUCAGUUUUAAUUCUUUUUGUCUACAAGUUGAUGAUUGGAAGCUCUUAAAAUAACAGAGAAUAUUAUCCUGAGAAAAUGCUUUUGAACACAAGAAAAGGAAACCAGGGUUAAAUUUAACCCCUGGUUAAGCGCUAAUCAGCCUUUGAACAACUUGGUCCUCAUCUUAAAGCAAAAUUAAUUUCAUGUUAUUUUAUACCUGAAUGUUAAACCUAAUUAUAGCAAUUUGGAACUUACCAUGAAUUUACUCUUUUGCUGUCUCUGCGGUUUUUACUUCAAUGUUAACUUUUAAUCUGGUCUUUCUUCCCGAUGGUCUAGGCAUCAUGAUAGAUGUCGGCACCAUAAAAUAGAAACUUUAUAUCCAGAGGGAAACCUUGUAAUUAAAGGACAUGAGGUUAGUGGAGAAACAGUAAUAAUAUUUAAUAUCAACAGCCCUACAGUCAUACAGUUGUGAGAAAAAAAAGAUGAAAUAAGUGUAAAUGUAGUAAUCUUGCUUCCUGGUACUAAACUCAGACUUGGAUCACCUUAUUUACGCACUUACCAGACAAUAAAACCCAUUGUUAUUCCCAUAAGUAGUGUUCUCCCUAAAUUUUAGCUCAGCAGGUAAGAGACCAUUCUUGACUGGUUAGGCCAAGAGGGGAGGGGGGGGGAGGUUUCGCAUUCAUGAUGGCUUCUAUUUUUGAGUAUCCUGUCAACCAAUUGACCGAAAAGUAUUUUAAACACCUCAAAACUUUUUUUGAAUAAAGGCUGCCUUUGCCGCUAGGGUCAAUUUAGUAACACAAGUUGCAGAAGCUGCGAACUUUUCCUGUUGGUUGAGAAAGUUUAGAAUAGGGACAGAAGCCCAGGAAAAAAUUGUUAGCCUGCAGUGCUUCUAAAGGCACCACUCAACAUUUAAAUAAAGUAAUCAGAGAGAAUAGCUGUGUAUACUUGUUGUUUUUUCGUAUUUACUUCCUUUUCUUGUGAGCAUCGGCUUGGAUCACAACUUGUGUAUUUUUUCGAAACAACUUAUUUAAUUUUGGUAACACUUCAAGCUGUUGCAGUCAGUAAGAAGUUUUUGCUUCAAGCGCUAAAUUUUACCAGUUACUGCCUGAUAAGGAGAACGCUGAUAAGUAAAAUGCAUGAUCUGGUCCCAAGUUUUCUACUCACUCUCCUUGUUUUACUCAUUUUUAAGUUUUACUUUUCAAAGGAAAAAACAAGUGCAUAUUAAAAUGAGCUAAAAGUUCAACUAUCAUGAACUUGUUUUAUUUCAGGAUAAGACUUUUCCAAAUCUUGCAACAUUAAUGAAAUAUUUUGCAAAGAGCCAGGAAAAAGAAAUCCACUUAACACCGGUAGUUUGCCAGGAACCAGAAGGUAUGUUAAACAAAAGUUUCAAUACAUCAUUGUCGCAACUGUGAAUUCUUCAUCAAUUUAAUGAUCUGUAUUUUUUCGUGCGUUAUCAGCAGUAUUCAUACCAUAAAAGUUUUUGAGCCUACAAACAAACAUUCUCUAGAAUGAUCUCCAUUCAUUUCAUUAAAGAUCUCAUAACCAUUUUUUCUUGAUGAUUUACAGGAUGUAGUGAUAAUUAUUGUUAAUUAUUGAUAAAAUAUUAUCAAUAUUGAUAUUGUUAAUUAUUGAUAUUGAUAAAAUCAUGCAGCCUUGGGACUGGAAGUGUUCAGCCCUGACACCAACCAACAUUAUUAAUUCUCCUCAUUGUUCUCUCCAUUUACCUUAAUAUUAUACUGCUAGGAAGCUGCUUACAGAUUAGUAUUCUCAUGCCUGAUUGGUAACAUUUCAGAUACACCACUGUAUAUAUCUGGUUUUCCUAGUUGUUUGAGUUUGACUGUAAAUCAAAGAACAAUUUGAACCACAACAUACAUAAAUACUGACUUAAAGAGAAAAAAAAGGGGAAAACCAAAGGUUAUUAAAACCCUGUGGAUAUAUAAUUUAUGGCUAAUAUUGUCACCUUGCAGAUCAAGCUACUGCCUCCCCAAGUACCAGUAGCCAUCCAGAUCCACAACAAAGUUACGAAAUAAUAGUGGAUCAAGUUGACAGUGAGUACUUUUAAGUUCUAAAGAGCAGGCCCCACAUUUACCCUCUAUCAUUGUUAUCAUCAACUGAUUCUUGUUCUGCUUGUUUAUCUUCUGUAGUUUAUAUUUCUGAGAUUUACACAGGAUACUUGCUUUUGGACUGCACCCCCUUCUCACUACCACUCACUACCCACCACCCCACCCCACCCCGCCUCCCCCAUCAAUGCACUCCCCUAAUUUGCAGUUAUUACCAGCUCUGAGAUUUACACAGGAUACCUGCUUUUGGACUGCACACCCUUCCCACUACCACUCACUACCCACCACCCCACCCGCGUCUCCCCACCAAACGCACAGUCUGCCCUAAUUUACAAUUAUUACUAGUUCUGAGAUUUACACAGGACACUUGCUUUUGGACUAGUCAGUUUAGGCAAAGGAAUAUCUCAAAUAACCAUUCCCAUUGACUUUCAGAAAGUCCUAUGUACACUGUAGUUGGGCAGUUGGUGUUUUUUUUAAUCAGGGUUUAAUGGCAUUACUCACUUGGGGCACCCAUAAUGGUCACUUAUGCUCACUCACUCACGUUAGAGUUACUGACAAAAUUUUGACCCCAUGUCACUGAUACAUUUAAAAAUUGGUCGACUUGGUGCAAGUCUAUAGUACCCAAAAUGAAAAGUUUUCUCCAUCUGCUGUAUCCCAUUCAUUAAAAAGUUAAAAAAAAAACAUUCCCACCAUUUUUCUGAUAAUUUAUUUCACUUAAUAGAAUUCUCCUUUUACAGUAAUGCAUCCUCAUAACUUGUAAAAUCCAUGUAAAUUUUGGCUUUGUCUCCAUUAGGCCGCCCUCCUGUUCCUGGAUGUGAAGGCAAACCACUCGCUGAGAGUAAUGAAAGCUUGCCUCGUAAGUAAAAACUACAUGGUGUCUCUUUUCAUAAGGAUAUACAUGGCAAUACUUUUGAGAGAAUCCAUCGGUCUACCUGAAAGUCGCUUGGGGAUUUUUUCCAGUCACCCCUUCAAUAAUACUACUAUUUGGCUUGUACACUUCAGAAAUAUUGGAAUUGGAGUUGUUUAUAAAUUCCAAUGCUAUUACAGCCAGGAUUUACGACACAAAAAAUAGAAAAGAAUGUUGAUAUAUCCAAGUGCCAGUAAACUUGCAGGGGUAUUAAGAGAUUUCUGAUCAACAGCUUGAUUCUCUUUUCAGAUUGCCAGGUUUAAGAGUCACAUUAGUAAAUAAGUUCUUUAAAAAUGCUAACUUGAAAUAAAAUGCUCAAACUUUGUGGCUAUACAAUUGACUCCCGAUAACUCGAACCCUCACUAACUUGAACCUCCCGCUAACUUAAACCAAAGUCAAUUUCCCCUGGAUUUCCUUCAUACACUCACUGUAAUUUUUUCCUCAGUAACUUUAACCCUUGCUAACUCGAACCUCCUGCUAACUUUUUUUCCUUCAGAUGAUUUCUAUAUUAUUUUACCCCUGAUAACUCGAACCAUGUUUUAAGUGCAUGACAAGUCGGGAAAAAAAAAUGGUUUACCACUGUACAGAAAUCCAAAGCACUGAAUUUAUUGCAAAACAACCGUGUCAAUUCUUUGUUGUUACUUUUUUUGUCACUCCAUUUCAAAUUCAGUGUCCAUCCCUGUGAAGUGUGCAUGAUUAUACACUUAAUGUCAGAUCCCGAGGGAAACAGUUAGUUUUGUUUUCCCAAGAGUCCUGAUGUUUCCCGAGACGAAGUCGAGGGAAACAUCAGGACUCGAGGGAAAACAAAACUAACUGGUUUCCCGAGGGACCUGACAUUAAGUGUUUUGUUAUAUUUCUAGACUUUCACUUCAACAGCAACAAAAGAAUAACCGGAGCGAACCAAAACAGUCGACUCGGUACUUAUAACAACACAAAUUUAAUUCUCAAAACCACUGAAUGAAUGAUUUACAAACAAAAGUACUUUCCUCAUAUUAUCUGCAUCUUUUUCCUCCACUAGCUGCUGUUUUUCUUCUGGGAACUUCUGGGAUAACUUUAAAAAUCGUUGCUUUUUAGCUUGAGGCUUCGUUUUUGUGUUGUUGUGUUCAUUCACGAAAAAGAAAACUGGCAGGACCUGGCAGUGUUUUUCCCGCCUUCUGUCACACCACUUUCCACCAUGCUUUGAUCACGUGCUGCAAUGUAUCCCGAGCGGUAUACAUUGUUUAAUGUAUCACGAUCGGGAUACAUUUGAUUUUAGUCAAGGCUACGUGACCAAGAAUCAACCAAUGGCAGUCCCUAUUUAGUUGAGUGAAAGUCUAGGAAUAUAUAACAAAUAGAGGAUAUUACAUGGCAGCCCGGGGAUGCGAAUUUUAUCUUCGAGUGCUGAAAGACAUACUUUCAGCACGAGAAGAUAAAAUUUGUAUCCCCAAUUGGCCAUGUAAUGUUCUGUUUAUUUUAUAGAUGCUGACGAAAUUCCUACAUAAAACACAACUUUUUUUUAUUAAUUUUCGAAACAGCAAAAUAGUGCAAUUAAAGUGGUCACCUAUCGCAAAAUGCCUGUCACAAAAAUGUCGUGAAACUCGGAUAUAAAGUUAUAAGGAAGAAAUAAAGACAAUAAUACUUAUGAUUUUCUGAAUUAAUGUUAGUAACCAUGGCGACACCAAUAUCCUCACACGUGAAAGAUAAAAGUAGAAUCUUCAUUGCAUGCGAUGAAGAUAUGAUUUUUUAGUAAAAGGAAAAAUCCUGGUAUUUCAUCAGUAUCUGUAUAAUAAGCUUGCAUUCCCUCCUCAUCUUUUUGCUUAUUUGUUUCCGGUUAUUUGAUUCGAACUCCCGAUAACUCGAACUAUUUUCCAUUUCUUUAGAAGGUUUGAGUUAUCGGGAGUUGACUGUAGUUUAUUUUUAUCAAUUAACAAUAAUUGUUCCGGUAUUUGUUCAUUAUCAGCUAGGAAACUCCCUCAUGGAUAUGAAAAUGUUCCUGAUAAGCCAAGAGGUAUGCUCAAACACAUGAUUGUAAUAAACAAGUACUGUGUACAUGAGAACCAUGUGAAGUGAAGUCAAGUGUGGAAUGGCAUUUGUCCCAUAUAAUUAUGCAUAAUUUUAAUAGUAACUAUGACAAAAUUCUCCACCCCAUAAUCUAUUCCUUGCCGCUGUGUGGUGGCUUUCAUGCCCCAAUAACCCAGAGAGCUGAGAUUUCUGAAUAACUGACAACCUACCCCUCCCUUAAGUCAAAAUUAACACUUACUUCUCACUUAGGGCAAAAUUGUGACUUUGGGGAGGGGUAGGUGAUCAGUUACCCAGAAACCUCAAUUGAUCUCAGAUUAGUCUACUAGCAGAUAAUUAGCUAAUCUGUAGGUUGCACUGAUUUUUAAACAAUAAUUGUUUUAAAUAACACAAAAACCUCAUCCAAUAAUUAUUUUUGUGAUAUCCGGAAUAAUCAAGGUCAAGGUAAGUGUAAUCAGCCUCGACCUUCGGGUCUACUGAAACCUUGAUUAUUUAGGAUAUCACAAAAAACAAAUCUAAGAAUGUUUUAUUAUGCAGUGUUUUGAAGAAAAUAAUAACAAACACACUGUCGCAAGGAACCUGUCGAGUGAAUUGAUAUUGUUAUUGGAAAACAUGCAUUGCGUGCACAACCUGCAGAUUAGUCAGUUAUCUGCUAGUAUAUAACUAACUGAUCUGUAGGUUGCGCUGAUUUCCAAAUUUUGCUGUAGGCUCUUAACCAAUGAGAAGACAGAUAGUGAGUACAAUGUAUAAAGAAGUUAACUGAAGGCUUUUAGCCAAUGAGAUAACAGAUAGAUGGAUACAAUGUAUAGUAAUGUUACAUGUAAUAACAGUGUGAUUACUGACCGAAUUGGACUCCACUCGUUCCUGAUCCUAUUAUUAAUUAAUGAGAAAAUCAUGGUUAAGUCUAUGUAGAAUUUAAUUGCCAUGGAUAGUAUCAGUUUUAGUGAAAGUUUUUUUUUAAAUUUUAAAAAUGAGGUCCAAGAAGGCAAAGUAGAAACCAGUCAGAUCAAUCCUCUCAUAUCAUUAAACCCCUUUGGAUUGUUGAUUUUCUUUUCUAGCAAAACCACCUUUGCUGAGUCGAAACACAGAACCAGUUCUUCCAAUGCGUGGUUAUGAAAACUUGCCUCCCAAAGGUUUGUUAAUAAUUUUAAUGAUAAAGUAACAAGUAGGUUUAUCACUUACUAUUAGCUUUCAGGCCUCGUCCAAACGAAUCUGUCUGUUUCAAAACGGACAUUUUUAACUGUGGUUUGGCGUACUGUCCACAAUUGCCCCGUGAAAACUGUCAAAAAAGCAUCUUUUCAAAAGCUCUCUCCAUAGUGGAGAUUUCUGAAAACGACGUUUUGCUGCACUCGUGUAAAUGGAUGACAACGAAAUUACGCCAGGCUCUAAAAUACCAGUAAAUGCGCAUGCUCCCAUCAAAGAUGGGACCAUUUUUAGUCACGACCGCGUUUUCGUGUGCACGGGCAAAAACGAUUAAAAAACGCAACGUGUGGACGUGGAUUUUUUUUGAAAAGAAGAAAAAAUCUCCGUUUUCAAACAAACAUGUGGACUCGGCCUCAAUGUUAUUUUGUUGCUUCCAAGUCGUGUUCAAAAUGGACAUUGUCAAAAUCUGGAUUGGAACUGACUGAAUGGGAUUCACAACCCAGAUCAGACCUCAUGACCCAAACUCAAUCCACAGGGUGGCAAAGGGGUUUUCCGUGACGCGUGAUUGGACCCAAAUUAUCAGCGUGAUGGGUGAUCGGGCCCAAAUUAGCCGCGUGAGCCGUGAUUGGGCAUAGCAGCGUGAUGCGUGAAAUUGGUUUACCGUUAGUUUCACUGCUGCCAUGCUGGUUGACAAGAAUUCCUUUGGGCCCUGUCACAUGACUACGAACCAAGACCACCCUUAGGGUUGAUUUCCACUGUCGCCUCAUUUUUCCGUGUGAAUGCAUGUAAAAUUUACUUGCGUAAAUAAAAUAGAGCCAAUAUGUGAGAGGCCACGCGUAAACAUAAAAGUUGAGCGAGUUCAACGUGACCUUCUAUACAUUGUCUCUAUUUUAUUUAUUUUAUUUUAAGCAGAUUUCUAGAUAUUGAAGUGCACUUGAUUGCAAAAACAGGUGAUUUCUAAAGUUAAUUCCGCUUAUUCCGGAAGACGCCUUAAGAGCAAGUCAAUGAAAGGUUGUUUGUAGAGGGAAAGUCAGAGUUGAAACUGCUGUAAUGACUCUGACACUUUUCAAGUCCGAAACUUUGAUUGUAAACUCGUACUCAUGUGAAAUUUAAUUUCUUCCUCCUGUUCGUUUUUUCAUUGUUUUUUUUUUGUCUCAUUCUCUUUGAGUGCAGUAACAGCUUUUUUUUCAUUCACAGUAGGCAACAGAAGUCCAGUUCUCCGUGAGCCAGACUCUUACGAAACUAUGGAAUCACGUGGUUAGUGAACUUGUCUUCUGUCUGUAGUAAAUAGAGACCUUAGAUUCGAGGACAAGAACGACUACGAGUACGAGAUUUACCUUACAGUUUUUUCGCGUAUUCGAAAAAAAUAGACACCCCGGAAAGCUUCAUUGUACUUUGUUUUCAUUAGAAAAGAUAGCACUGUAGUUUAUAAGCGAGCGAUAUGCUAACGCGCGUGAAAAUCCCCACUCUCUAAGAAGGUGACGCGCGGGUGGCAGUUUUCACGCGUUCGUGUAUUUCGCUCGCUUUUUAUCCCUGAGGAAAGUGAGGGACCACUCGUGGUCUAGAGAAAAAGUGCCCCGGAGGGCUUGGUCAAAAAGUUUUCAACAUGAACCGUAACAUCAACAUUGUUUUCAUCUUUGAUUCUUGCCGAAUUUCAUAACCAGUAACAAACGUAACAUUUUGAUGUUUAAGGUUGACAUUUAAUUGAUAGACCCCGCCUUCCUAAAAAUAAAUCAGUAGAACUCACACCUCCCUAAGACGGACUCACCCGGUGCUAGUACCAUUGGAGUCCAUCUCAGGGAUGGUUGACUUUAAAUCUAACAUCAGUUAUUGUGUUUCGCUUUAGAAACAAGAGAUUCCUUUGUAGAGGCGCCCAAGCCUAGUUUGCCUCCAAGAAAACCGGCCAAAACCCCGCACGGGUACGAAAAUCUCCCUGAAAAACCCGCAGUACCCUUGCCACCGAGAGGAUCUGCUACUGACGGCUAUGUUAAUCUUCCCGGAAAGGAAAAAAGAUCUCUUAGUGAACCACCACCUCAGUUACCGCCAAGAGCUCAGCGACAAAAUCAUCUUGGUUAUGAAAAUCUUCCUUCAGGAGGUAGAGGCGCACAUCGCCCCGCUUCUGUUCCAUACCAGAAUAUACCACCACAAGGUAAAUAAGCUUGUGUACAUUUACAUCCAUAACUUGGAAAGGAUCCGAUAUCCAAACGGUGCCAAUUGAACAGUAGUGAUACCGCACAACAGCACAACGACAAUAACUUUUUUGUUAUUCCUGAUACCCAAUGUUCACUAUGUGUACUAAACAACUGAGAUUCAAUUUAUUCUCUUCUACUGUAUAAGUAGAUCAUAUGUCAGACUGAUUCCCGGUGGUGGUAGGGGGACACACUGUUGUUCGACUCUUGUAAGCGUCUGUGCGCAUAUUUUCAGGGUCCCCUACUGGUGGUUGACCUUAAAACGAGCAUCGGAGAACGAGCACAGGAAACGGGAAAAGAAAAAUGUGAACUAAUCUUGGCUCAAACCUUAGCCCCAUUGGUAAAUUCUUUGAUCUUUCUCUGUUUUGUUCCCAAUUUUUGUUUUCCCAUUCCCCAUGCUCGUCGUCCGUUACCCGUUCGUCUUUGUACUAAUAUCUACUCUUUCUUCCUUGCACUUCCUAAAGUUCUUAAAUGAUUAACAACACUGCAAUGACAUUAUUUUUCUCAGGUUUUUGAAUCAUUAUUCAGUGGCUAUGGUUGUCUAAUGUAAGUCGUCUUUUUAUUUUUGCUUUCUAGGGUAUAAUCAUUCACAAGGCCAGCAGCCCAGACGACCCCUAGCACCUCCUAUGACACGCGCUGCCACAUUACCAGCGCAUAUCAUAGAGAACACUUUAGGGAAAAUGGACUUGAAAGAGAAUCCAUUUUAA